AUGGCCAACCUUGAAAACAUGGGGGAUGGCUUGACAAAGGAUGAAUUGAACGCACACUUGGAAAAGUAUCUCAAGAACAUACAGGAGGAUCCUUGGUUCAAGACCCCUGAUGGAAAGAAGUAUGUGGAGCUCGCGAAAACAACGACGGAGGAAAUUGCAAAGGAACCGUGGAAGCCGUCGGGAUUGCUGUUACUUGUGCAACCGCUCUUCGGCGGCGCAAUUGCCUUGCUCGUUCUUGCGCUUCUUUUGAAAUUAUCUGCUUAA